AGCAUGCUUGAUGCCAUAUAGCAAGGCGAAAGCAACAUUAGCAAGCACACAUAUACAUUUGCAGAUAGGUAUAGCUAAGCUCUAGCCAGAUAAAAAGAAGAUUAUGGUCAAGAGAUCCUGAAUUAAUGGGUAGCUGUAAUAGUUGGAAGCCAACGUUGACAAUGGUUGGGGUGGUGGUGGUGUUCGCGGUGAUGAACACCCUCACCAAGAUGGCCUUCAACGAGGGGAUGCGCUCCACCGUCCUCAUCACGCUCCGUCAGCUCAUCGCCACUCUCUUCCUCGCCCCAAUCGCCUACUUCCGGGAGAGGAAGACAAGACCAAAGCUUACGGCUGAAAUCUUGGUGUGUCUCUUCUUCAGUGCAGUGCUCGGAGCGUCCCUUACCCAAUGGCUCUUCUUCUUGGGGCUGCAGUACACCACAGCAACAUUCGCUUGCGCCUUCAUCAACAUGACUCCCAUCUUCACUUUCAUUGUAGCACUGCCUUAUGGGCUGGAGAAAGUGGACCUGAAGACAGGAGCUGGCAUAGCAAAAGUGGGAGGCACAGUGUUAGGAUUCAGCGGAGCGAUGAUCCUCGCUCUCUACCAGGGUCCAUCGCUCACCAAGCUAGGACCUGCUGCUGCUCGAUCAUCAUCGUCAUCAUCUUCUUCUUCUGCAACGGCGGCAGUCGUCGGUCAUGGCAGCGGCGGCGGCGCGCACAGGUGGGCGAUCGGGUCGGUGGCGCUGCUGGGCGGUUCAGCUUGCUGGUCCCUGUGGUUCAUCCUGCAGUCGAGGAUCGCCAAGAAGUACCCGGCGCUCUACUCGGGCACUGCCCUGAUGUUCCUGCUCAGCUUCCUUCAGAUGGCUGCAGUCGCGUUGGCCGUCGACAGAAUUAGCUUAUCCCCAUGGAUCUUAACAACGAAGCUUCAGAUCAUCACCGUGCUCUUUGUGGGGAUAGUUGGAUCAGGAAUAGCGUUCUUGGCGAUGUCAUGGUGCGUGGAGCAGAGAGGGCCUGUGUUCACGACGGCGUUCACGCCCCUCAUCCAGAUCAUCGCAGCUGCUAUCAACGUCAUCGUUCUCCAUGAGCAACUCCAUCUUGGAAUUGUGAUAGGAUCUGCUCUGGUAAUCAUUGGGCUGUAUUUCGUACUGUGGGGAAAGAAUAAGGAGGCCUCGUCGUCGUCUUCUCCAGCAAAGGAGGCUGUGCCUGCGCUGCGGCAACAAUACGGCGGCCAUGAUCAAGAAACGACUAAUGAUGUACAAAUGCAAACUGUCUAGUACUACUACGUACUGAAACAAUAAUUAGUAGUAGUAGCUAAUUAGCAUGCACACCGCGCACUUGAUGAUCGUGGAUAAAGAAAAAU